GGGCGCUAUGAGCGGCACUGUCCGCUCUCGUGCGUCGCUGUGGCGCCGCCGGUCACUGGGCCGCUGAUCCCGGCGUGAAGCGGAGCGUUUCCUGUCCCCAGCGGGCGUGCAGUACGACUAUUAUUAUUGUAUCGGGACUGUGCGACGGCGGGGCGGUAGCGCUGUUGGGCAGUGGACAGUGGUGCUGGGGAAGUGCCGUCCCCACCCGGGACGUGUCUUCAUUCACACACCCGCUGUGUGUGUGAGACGGCUCUUCUCUCACACACAGCAGCAGAGCGCGCGCGCGUGUGGCGGCAGUCAGUGCAGCCCGUCGUCAGCGGCGCCUCUUUAAUGGUGGCUGCACUGCGAGCGCUGGCGUUACUCUUCCGCUGACACGGAGCCGAGGGGCCUUAUUAUAUUAUUACUUUCAUUAUUGCUAUAAUUGUUAGAACUGGGAAGAAAUUAUGACGGAGCUGAGAAAGCGAGGAGGAGGCGGGGACCCCAGCACUGCAGAAAACAUCAGCGAUAAGGAGACAGAUGGAGAGGACAGGCUGGGCCUAACUGGGGAACCUGACGGAGAAGCAGAUGGGGACUCCAAAGCGGAUACCCCAGAGAUCCCUACAUCCGUAGACAAUACUCCUCAAUGUCUCAACAAGGCCCUGGAAGGACUCUCCUCCAGAUGGAGGAACUGGUGGAUACGAGGAAUUUUAUCAUUCACAAUGAUUUCCGGCUUCUUCCUGAUCAUCUACCUGGGGCCCGUUAUGUUAAUAAUAGUGGUCAUGACGGUUCAGAUCAAGUGUUUUCAAGAAAUUAUAACCAUUGGGUACAGAGUCUACCAUUCUUAUGACCUUCCGUGGUUCAGGACACUUAGCUGGUACUUUCUGAUCUGUGUGAACUACUUCUUCUACGGGGAGACGGUAGCUGAUUAUUUUGGUGUGCUGGUCCAGAAAGAGGAGCCUCUGCAGUUUCUCGUGCGCUACCACCGUUUUAUCUCUUUCACCUUGUACCUGGCAGGUUUCUGCAUGUUUGUACUGAGUUUAGUGAAGAAACAUUACCGCCUGCAGUUUUAUAUGUUUGCUUGGACCCAUGUGACACUGCUGAUUGUGGUAACCCAGUCACACCUUGUCAUUCAGAACCUGUUUGAAGGAAUGAUUUGGUUCAUUGUUCCAAUAUCGAUCGUGAUCUGCAAUGAUAUAAUGGCUUACCUGUUUGGCUUCUUUUUUGGACGAACUCCAUUAAUUAAGCUCUCUCCAAAGAAGACAUGGGAAGGAUUCAUUGGAGGCUUCCUCUCCACUGUUGUCUUUGGAUUCAUUUUUGCCUACCUCCUGGCACAGUACCAGUACUUUGUGUGUCCGGUGGAGUAUGACAGUGAGACGAACAGGUUUGCUGUGGAAUGCCAGCCCUCUGAGCUCUUUGUCAUGCAGGAAUACCGUCUCCCAGCAGCACUGCAGAAUGUGCUCAGAUGGAAAACAGUGAAGAUGUACCCAUUCCAGAUCCACAGUGUCGCCCUUUCCACAUUUGCUUCUCUGAUAGGACCAUUUGGAGGCUUCUUUGCCAGUGGAUUUAAAAGAGCUUUCAAAAUUAAAGAUUUUGCAAACACAAUCCCUGGACAUGGGGGCAUCAUGGACCGUUUUGACUGUCAGUACUUGAUGGCUACAUUUGUUCAUGUUUACAUUGCAAGUUUUAUCAGGGGUCCCAAUCCCAGCAAAGUAUUACAGCAGGUUCUGGUCUUGCAGCCGGAACAACAGCUCAGCAUUUUCAACACCCUGCGCUCCCACCUACAGGACAAGGGCAUAUUACCACCUCCUAGACCUGAGGCACAGUGAGCAGGUGCAAAAGGCUCCCCCCAGCCACCACUCCCUGUCACCACCUGGAUACAACUGUUUGUGCUUAAUGUAAACAUACUGUUAGUAUGAAUGCCGAGCGGUCACCAUAGCAACACGUGGACUUCAGGCUGUUAUAGGAUAACUCAGAGAGACAGUAAGAGGCCUCAUAUGGAAGAUGGGAGGCUCUAUGAAAGCAAGAACUCAAUUUGGUCUUCCAGAAACUUGACAAGACAAGGACGAGUGUUUU